AUGACUUACGACUUGCAUGGCCAAUGGGACUUUGACAGUCAUUGGUCCUCUCCAGGCUGCCCAGCAGGCAACUGUCUUCGCUCACACAUCAACAGGACGGAAACCCUCAAUGCACUUUCCAUGGUCACCAAAACUGGCGUCUCAUCAACCAAGCUCAUCAUCGGCAUUACCAGCUAUGGUCGGUCUUUUCGGAUGGUCGACCCAUCCUGCACCGGUCCUAUGUGUACAUUUACCGGGGCACUCUCCGGAGCAAAACCUGGACGUUGCGCACGCACCACCGGAUAUCUCGCCAAUGCAGAGAUUCAGGAGAUUUUGCACUACGACAAGUCAUCACGCACCUAUUACGAUGAAGGCAUCAUGAGUGACAUUCUGGUAUACGGAUCUGACUGGGUUGCCGACAUGAACAACUACAACAAAGGGCGUCGGGAGGCUCUGUGGAAGUCAAUGAACUUUGGCGGCGUCUCAGACUGGGCGAUCGGCCUUGCCGAGUUUUUACCCAAUGAUGUCUCUCAGGUUCCGUCACUGUCAAUGGAGGAGAUCAAGGAAGACUGGGCCAACAUCACCUGCAAACACCCCUACGCGAGGAACAGCAGCUACAGGGUGUCAGACCGUUGGAAAACCCUCAAGGUUGAUGAGGCUUGGACGCAUGUUGUUGUUAAGUGGGACGCUUGCGCAAAGUCCGGCAUGCCUUUCCCUGUUUUUGUGAGCCGUCUUCUCAACGAUCCCGAUGGCAUGUACUGCGGCUCGAUAUCCUCCACAAACAACUGCCUUGCAACAGUCGAAUGCAGUGACGAAUCCGAACGCCGGCCGGCAGCAGCUCUCCUUUUGAGUUCAUUUGUGAAGCUUGCUGGGAUCUAUUACGAGCUGUACGAUGGAAUCCAAGCAGCUCAGGUCAAUCUUAUCACGACACUGUCCAAGUUCUCGAGCACUUUUGCACCAGAACAAAAGGCGGACAAGUCUUUGACCAUGACUUUGAAUAUCUUGAGCGCUGGCUUCGGUGUGCUGGCAGGCCCAGUCUUUGCGAAGGCAUUUUCGUCUGGAAAUUUCUUCUCUCAGAAUCCUGGUAUUGGAGAGAAGCUGGAGUCGGCAGUGAUGAAGGGCGUAGAGCUUGGCCUGGCUGAGGCUAAGGAAUACGCCAAAAAAAAAAACCCCUGUCUCGUCCUUUUCCCCAUGUCCUUUUAUCCUACACAUCAGACAGAUCUCGCAUCACAGUUCAACUGGAUUGUGAUGAGUUGGAAAGAAAUUGUCGACAUUACACAACGCCAAGCCUUCUCUGAGACGAAAGAUGGGGUUAGCUAUCUCAGCAGCAUGAUGAGCAACGGCAAGCUGCUCAAGGUCGAGCCGAUGAACAGGUUUGACACGGAAUCCGCCAUGGUCAAAGUCCUGUACGCCUUCCUGAUUCCGCAUGUCUGGCAUCUCCGAGCCUACAGCCCUGUUCUCAUCCACGCCGAGUGGGACUGCCAAAAGGUUGGGGUCGACAAGUUCAUAUGGCUCCAGUCCGGCGACAAGGAUGUGGCGAAGAUGUGCAUCGACAACCCGUCAGCACUACUUUCUUUACCCUGGAGGUCCAACGAUGAUAGACCACAACUGGGGCAACUGGUGUGGAGGUUCGGAGCCGAAUCGAAUGCCGGUCUUGCCAGGCACAGAGACUCUCGGGUCUCCAUUGAUGGAUGGGCAAAACGAUCUCAUGUGGGAAUAAAUCACGCAGAUAGACAUUGCAAGAAGCGCCACGCCAAGUGGGGAAACAAAGGCUUCGACAAGCUUCUGGAUCUUUUCAAUGGGGAACACCUGAAUAACUUGAUCGAGGAGGUCACAAACGGCGAUGUCAAGCUUCUGCCGGGGAUCAUGAACAUCCUCAUGUGUGACCCUCAAACAGUCUUUGACAACUAAAAGAAGCGGACAGCCGGCCAAAAGACGGAUUGGGCAUCGUUUCCUUGUGACGAAGAGUAGCCUCGCUGCGUGUGGCACUGUUCUCAGUCCACUGCCACCUCUCUGGCAUCUGUUUUUCUAGGGCGGCUUCAUUCAAGAAUACCUGGUGUGGAUGAGCAGGGCGGCCGGCAUUUGGGCCGGGCUGUGAUGCUUUGGGAGUUAUUUGGGUAAGGUAUAUCAUGGUUGGAUUGUUACACUCGCUUAACAUUUUUAUUUGUAUCUACAUGCUUGAUACUAAAACUUGUGUCUUGCCUUAUC